AGAGAGAGAGAGAGAGAGAGAGAGAGAGAGAGAGAGAGAGAGAGAGAGAUGAAGGAGGAGAUGACAACCAGCAAAGACGAAUCGAUCAGAGUGCGAACUGCAAUCCGCUGCGCCAGAGCUACGAUGCUCCUCUAUUCACUCGCAUCAUCCCGAGCCACCAUCGAUACCGCCGGCGAGCAGGAGGAAGGAGAGACACGAAGAGAACUAGAGGAUCUGAGGAGAAGGCUUGCGAUAGAGAAGAAAAGGAGGAAUCGGAUUAAGCUUUGCAGCUUGAUGGAGCUGGUUCUUCUCGUCGUUUUGGUUCUCUUGCUUUCCACUUUCUUCCUUGUCUUCUUUCUCCGAUCUCCUUGAUCUCUUCCCCUUUGGAAUCAAUGUCUGUAUCAGCUUUUGCUAUGGUUCCAGUUCCACCGCAUUUUCUUAUGUAUUAGGUUUUCAUGAUUGUUCAUAAACAGCGUUUGCUUUUAAAUCGUUACGAUUUCAU